AGUAAGGGGACAGUCCCCCCCUUUCAGUGUCUCUCUCUCACGAUCUCUCUCUCUCACACACACACACACGUACACACACACACACACACAUAUGCACGCAUACACGCACACGCUAACAAGGAAGGUGAGGCGGUGACUGACACACAAAAGUCUGAAUAUGUGCGCUGAAGCGGCAGUCAGCACCCGAGCAGACUCGCUGAAGGACGACAAAAGAAGAAGGAGAGGAAAGGGUGUAAGAGUAGGUGGUGCGAGGGAAGAAAACUAGAGUCUAAAGAAAGAAUAUUGUCAGACAAAGUGACUUUGUGAAAGUGGGCCAAACGUCUGAGACAAGUGGAGGAGUGAUGAUGAUGCGAGAUAUUCCACGUCUUCUCAGGACUCUCUCUCCUCAGCGUAUUUGAAGUUGUUCUGCUCAUUGUUAUUAACGCAAGGGGUGUUACAGAGGAAAACACCUUUGGUUGACUCUGGUCACAAGCCCAGAUUGAAGCGAUCCCGUGCAAGAUCUGCGGCGACAAGUCCUCUGGCGUGCAUUAUGGAGUCAUCACCUGCGAGGGCUGCAAGGGGUUCUUCAGGCGCAGCCAGCAGCCCACUGUGUCCUAUUCCUGCUCCAGGCAAAGUAACUGUCAGAUCGACCGGGCCAGUCGCAACCGCUGCCAACACUGCCGUCUGCAGAAGUGCUUGGCACAGGGCAUGAGCAGAGAUGCCGUGAAGUUUGGAAGGAUGUCCAAACGUCAGCGGGACUCUCUGAUCGCCGAAGUGGAGAAGCACCGGCAGCUGCAGCAGCAGCAGCUGCAUCAGCAGCAGCUUCAGGGAGACGUCCAGUCUGUGUUGUCCUUCCCCACCAAAGCCAGGCAAGACCGCUCUCCCCAGCUCCUCCAGCCCAUGGCUCAGGCCUACUCUGUCACUGGUGAGCCUGAGCUGCUGUCCUACACCAAUAAUGUUCACCCCUACCUUGUGUACUCGGCCAACGAGUCGCAGGUAUCAGGGAUGAUCUACAGAAGCUCCGGUGUCUCUCCCCCACCCAGGUCCCAGGGGAGGGGGGGACAAAAUGGACACCCUGACAUAAGAGGGUUUGAAUUGAGACAGCAAUCUCAUGAUCUGACGGCGAUCCAUCCCUACAACCCUCUGGAGGAAUCCUACAGCAUUUAUCCUCACUCUCUGAGAAACAUAGAUGAGCUGUGUGCCAGUAUCGUGCGUUCCCACCGAGAGACCAGCCAGUUCCCAUUGGGGGAGCUGCAGGCUCUCAGGUGGAAGCUGUUCAGUAGAGAGGAGAUCCAAGCCUAUCAGAGCAAAUCAGUGGACGACAUGUGGCAGCAUUGUGCCAUUCGACUGACCGAUGCCGUGCAGUAUGUAGUGGAGUUCGCGAAACACAUCCCAGGUUUCCGUAUGCUCAGCCAGAACGACCAGAUUGCACUUCUCAAGACAGGCUCCAUGGAGGUGGUUCUGGUCAGGAUGUGUCGGUUCUUCAACACAGAGAACAACACUGUCUUCUUCGAUGGGAAAUUUGCUGGAGUUGAGGUCUUCAAGUCACUGGCGAGUGCUGAUUUGAUCACAGCAGUGUUCGACUUCGCUCAUGACAUGUGCGCUCUGAAGCUCACUGAGCAGCAGAUCGCUCUCUUCAGUGCUCUGGUGCUGAUCAACGCAGACCGUCCAUGUCUGGAGGACAGAGGCAGGGUCCAGCGGGUGCAGAGAAGCGUGGAGUUAGGACUCAGACACAUUCUACAGCGAGACAACCUGGAAGGUCUAUUGCACAAGCUGUACCAGAGGAUGGCAGUGUUGCGAUCGCUGUGCAGUCUUCACAUGGAGAAGCUGCGCUGGUUCAGUCAGCGUUACCCUCUCACGGCUCACUCUCUGUUCCCUCCGCUCUACAAGGAGCUGUUCGCCUCAGAAGCCGAGCUGCUGCCAGGGACCACACACUGAUGAUCCAGCAGCAUAAACCAAACAGACACACAAACACACACACAUGCAUAGACACAUUAUUUUAUCACUUUCUGACAGAGUCUAUUUUUCUAAUAAUGGAAAUAAAUUAGAUGCCCACAGUCAUAAUAGUGUAUUAAGUAUUACAUGACCUCCAGAGCUUUGUUUUGGUAGCUUAUGUCAAACAUAUAUUUCAAUAUUUUGACCAGUUUUACUACCAAGGGAAUUUUGUGUUUUGUCGUCACAUUAUCUUUGGGAUACAGGAUUCAUUUUCCCUCAGGAUGUGCUGUUGUGAUUCUGUUCAGUCAAUGUGUGUUGACUGUCAAUGCUUUCAGACAGAUAUAUUCAAAGAGGCAGAACAAUGGCAACAUGGUCCACUGAGACUGAAAGUCGUAGUCCACUGAACAUCUGUCCAACAGCUUCGGAUCAGCAGUGGAUUUGAAUCUGAACGCAAACACAACAAAAAGGAAAUAGCACAAAAUAUCAGGUUAAAAUACAGAGACAAAUAUUUUACAGAUGCAAGUAUGAUGGAAUUCAAAAGAGCACAUACCUCCGCCAACGCCCAACCGUCCCCUUAAAUACAAUCAAACUGCACCAGGUUUCACACACGGUUUCCCUAAAUGUGCCUCCUUUUCCCCCCAAGAUCUGUAAAUUACUCCCUGGGUAAACAGUGAAGAUAUUGUAAUGUUAAAGAAAGAGAAAACGGAUUCCUGCAUUUGCCCUCUGAACUGGAUCCACACCACAUUCUUACUUCGACGAGUUCAUGGAAAUCUGUUCAGUUGUUUUUGUGUAAUCUUGCUCACAAACAAAAAGAACAACAAACAAACGGGCAUGAAAACAUAACCUCACUGAGCCAGAAAGCCCAGAAGUGCCCAGUAACGGGGCAUUACAUUUCCAAAGACCAAGAUAAGAACAUCAAGCAAUAAAUAAGUUGUGUAGUUGAUUAGGUCGCACCGUGUCACGACAUAACCAAGUCGACACGUUCCACUCUGUGCACAGAUUACAUCCACAUGUUCACACUCUGUACGACCCAAAAGAUAGAUUUGGACCUCAAUAUCAUUUUUAUACAAAUGUGGGAGCCAUGUGGCAGAAACACAGAGCAGUGAUAGUAUGGGUGAAGCUAAAUAAAACUUGUAUCUUUUGUGAAAUCAUGCUCUACUUUCAGGAACCUUGAGCACAUAGCGAUCACAGAAUGGCAUCAGCUCAGCAUCAUUGUGCUAUUUCAAUCAUGUGAGAUAUUUGAAGGUAAAUGUACAUGUCGAAACAAGUAGUCCCUACAAAAUGUGAAACAUUGGAAGACAUCAGAUUCUGCACACUCACGCAGAGAAAAACAUCUGUAUCUGUUAUAUCUGAAUUUGUAAAUGACUCGAAACGACAUGCGAGAACUUGCCUCUUUGUAUCCACAUGUCUCUAGAGAAGGGUUUCUCCUCAGGUUGAUAUUGUCAAGUCCUACGAAGCAGCAGUACCUCAAACUUUUUUUUAUCCUUUGUGUUUGAAUAACUUCUCACUGGCUUUUGUAUCUUUAAAGCUUUGGAAACAAUGUUGCAUUUAAUGUAGAAAACAUGGUGGAGAUACAGUAGACGUUGCUUCCUCUGUGUGCAAACUUUUCCCUUUUUCUGAUUGAACUUGCAUUUGUUUUGUUUUCUCUACACACAGUAACUUUAAAUAAAGCAAUGAGUAAAGAGGAAAUGACGAGAGGCUCCAGCAUUAAAUACCGUCUGUCCGGGUGUAGUCUUCUCUGUUCCUGGAACAGCUGAGAUCAUGAUGAAGUUAAAUCCAUGUAAAUCCUCUAAUAAACUGCUCAGGCUGUGACACCAA